UGCACCAAAUCUAUAUGGCAUAGUUUCUUAUGCUUGUUGUUGCAAUUCAACUUCCAUAAUGACACACUCAAAACGAUGGUCUAAAGAUGAACUGGAUAGCAACUUUGAGGAAUUCCUUAAAAUUGUAAGAAGUGGGGAAAUAGAUACAUGUUUAGUUGUUGCUCUCUUUACUUUGCAAGUAUUAAAUGAAAAGAAGAUUAAGAUAAAAGUUUAGUAAUGGCACACAAAUGGUUACCACAUUCUUGCAGUUAAAUUUUAAACUGUCAAAAUCUGAAUUUUUAUGUUUUUUAUUUAAUCUUUUUGUGAGCCAUACUUUUUUUAACAUAACAAAUUUUAAUAAUAAAGUGUGAUUUCCAAGGUGAUAUUUUAUUUUUUCCUUACAUAGUCUGUUUCUAGUGGAGAUGAUACUGAAGAGAUAAAGAAGUUGUUGAAGGCCCCAGUAAAGAAACAUGAAAAUAAUGCACUGUGGUGGGCUAAUGAUUCAGAUGAUGACAGUGAUGAAAAGGGUAAAUACAUUUUGCAAGUCAUCCUUGAUACUGUAACAUUGCUUUGACAUUUCUGAGUUUGAUAAAUGAUGCGAAAGAUUUUUUAAUAGGGUUUCACCUUGAACAACGCUUUCUCAUUUGCUGCUAAUGUUUUCUUCAUAAUGAGAUUGUGUAAAAUUAGUUCAUUGAUAAUCUAGGAAAAAUACUACUACUUAAAUGUUCAAAAUUUAUACACCUGUAUUAAUUCUGGCUAUUUCAUAUCAGUAAAAAAAUACUUGCAACUUCUUUCAUGGAUCUUGGAAUAUUUCUAGCUUAAAAAAGAAAAUACAGACUGAAUAUACAUUAUUAUUAUUAUUAUUCAAUUUAAUGUAAAAAUUCAUUUCUCCUCAGGAAAAAGCAAAAGUUUUCUUAAGACCAAAAAGUCUUUAGAAUCACCUUCAAAAGCUAAAGCUGGAGUAAAAAAUAAUUACCUCAAAGCAAAGAGCAUUUCAUCGAAGGCAUCAAAUUCAUUAAAAGUUUCAUCAACUAAAAAACAGACCCAGAGGGAUCCUGUUAAAUCUAAAAAUUUGGUAAUAUUUUCUCUUUGCAUAAAAUUGACUUAUGAUGAGAAAUCUGAUUUAUAUUUAAAGCUUAUGAAAUGAAAAUAAUAACAAUAUUUAUGUUCAGUUAUGUUUUAUUUAGAUAAAUAAUAGCCUUACAUACUAAAUACCAUCAAACUUUUAAAAUUUAAAAACUAUAAUAAUUAUUAUUUAGUGUUUCAAAUACAAUCAACACUAUAUAAUUUAGUUAAGUUUAUAAAAAUGUCAAUAUUAAUUGUUUAUUUUAUUACCGAAAAUAGACCAGUUCGUCCAAAACAAGAAAGUCUAAAAAUGAAGUAUCAAUGAGUAAAGACAGUCUAGAAGACAGUAAGUGUUUUUAUUACUGGCUCAAUGAUUUUUUUCAUUUUAUUGAAAUUAAAACUUUGCAUGCAAAAAAAAAAUUUAAAUUACCUUCAAAUUUAAUUGUAAUGAUAUGGCUGGUCAUUUUAUUUUUAUGCACCUAGUAUUUUAAGACUUAAAGCACAAAAAGUUACAAAUUUAAAAUUUAUUUUUUUACUCAUUCAACUUUACACCAUUACCAACAAAACUGCUUAAGAGUGCAAUUUAAAAAAAAAAAAUUCUAGCUUUAAAAUACGUUUUUAAAAAUUAAAAUUCAUCUGAUUUAUUAGUUUCAGAAAGAUCUGAAGAACAUGACUAUUUAGCUAAAGCUAGAGCCAAGUAAGUUCUUAAAAACAUUUUAAAUAAGUGAUAAGUGAGCUGUCAAGUAACUUACUUUUAGAGAACAUGUUCCUCACAUUAAAUUACCACUUACAGCAGCUGGUCACCAACCUGUGCACUUUAUUUCAGCAUCUGGGCAGUAUUGUAAAGGGGAAAGAAAAUUUAAGGUUUAUGCUAAGAAUUAAAAAAUCCUUUUUUUUUUAAAAAAUGGAUUCAAUGAAUAUCUGUACCACCAAUUCUAAAUAGCUGCAUGCCAUUUCAGUGUUUAAUACAUUCCAUAUCAUUGGAUUAUGAAAUUUUCAUUUGUAUUUCUUUUUAAAAUUACUCUCAUCAUUGAACUGGUCCCUAACUAAUCCAAAGAGGAAGGUAUAUCUGUAUGCUCCAAUGAUGAACUCAAAUGAUAGACACAUUAAUUAGUAAGCUAAUAAUAUUCUCUAGUACAUCAUCGGCUCCCAAACUUUUAAGGACUGGUGUAAAAUUUUGGAAAUUGCACCACGGACCGUUGGUAGAAUUAUUAGUUAUAUUUUCUUUAUAUAUAUUCGACGAUAAAUAUUAAGGUACGCUGACCAGCAAUGUAAGGCUUCUGGUCCCGUGCCAGUCCAGGGACCACCAUUUGGGGAAUGCUGCAAAUCAAUCUUUUCUUUUUUUUUUUCCUAACAGACCUCAACUGAAGAUUCCAAUAAACGACUCAAGCAUUGAAACAACAGGGGCAGGUAAACAUUAACCUAACAUAAAACAAAAAAAAAUUUCAAUCAAUUAUGUUAAUAAAAUAAAAUAAUUAAAAUAAGUGAUAUAAGAGUUUUUUCAUAUCUUGUGAUAAUGCAUAUAUAGUUAACUGCCCUUGGUAUUUACAAUGAUUGCUUUAAUUUUUAUUCUAGGAAGUAAUGAUUUUGAAGGUGCUCCAUCUAACAUGAGCCAUGGUAACCCAGGGUGUGAUACUCUUGAUGAACUGGCAGAUAAGCAGCAUUUUUUCCAAGUAAGAAACUAAUUCAUUUAAAUUAACUAGUUACACAAGGGUUUGACCACAUUAACUAGCUACAUGAGGGUUUGACUAAAUUAACUAGUUACAUAAGUUUUUGACUAAAUUAACUAGUUACAUAAGGGUCUGACUAAAUUAACUAGUUAGAUGAGGGUUUGACUAUAAGACUUAACUACAUUUAAACACUUUUACUUGAAUUAAAUGACGCAAAGAUGUCAGUACCGUAAAUGAGAAUAAUUGCCUACUUUACGAAAUUACCUUGCUUUUGAAUUCAUAAAGUAAUUCAAGUUACAAUGUCGAAAUAAUUUUGGCUCUUUUUCUAAUAGACAUUUAAAAAAAAAAAAAAAUAGCAUUUCUUACUGAACUAAAAAUUGUUGUAUAAAUUUUGUCCCCAAAUUUAGAAUCUUGAAAAGGAAGUUGAUGGCACUGUAGACUACAGUCGAUUGAAUCAGGAACUCAGUCAGACAGGGGGAACAUCCCUGAUGUCACCAGCUGUGAGACUGGGGCAAAGUCAAGCAGAUGCGUCAGGGAUGUCUAUAGAUCCAACCACGCCAGCAAGAGCCAACAAUUUGGAAAGCUUGGUAAUUAUAAAAUAAUACGAGAUUUGGAGUUUGAUUAGAUGGAAGAGCUUUUAAUUUUGUUUUUGGACAUAAUUCUGAUGUAAAUAUUGUUUAAAAGAUCAUUAAUAAAUUUAACAAAACCACUUUUUUGUAAGAAAAAGUAUAUCAUUCUAUCUGUAAAAAUUUUGGCAUUAAUUCUCAACUUUAUUUUUGCAGGACUCAUCACAACAAAAGCCCAGCAUGUUAUCACGAGGUAAAUAGCGCUCACGUUCUACAUAAUUUUCUAUUUCUAAUUGCAUGUGUUUUUGUGUAGAUAGAGAGGAAGUCAUUAACCCAUUGUAUUUAUUUCUCCAGUUGCCCUAAUGGAUUCCUUGGAGUCAACUUUUAACACCACCACAUCACCACAGAUAGCAAACUCAAGGGAUACCACCCAUGAUAACUUAGGUUUAACACUGCCAGACACAUUAAAAAAUCCAGGGUUCUCAGGUACUUGCUUCUGA